AUGGCAGCAAGUGAUGUAAAGCUUCUUGGUGCACGUCCGAGCCCAUUCGUGAACCGGGUUCAGGUUGCCCUCAACCUCAAGUCAAUAGACUAUGAAUUCAUCCCACAAAACUUGGCAGACAAAAGCGAGCUCCUUCUUAAAUCUAAUCCUGUUCACAAGAAGGUCCCAGUACUCAUCCAUGGUGGUCAGCCCAUCUCCGAGUCACUUGUGAUUGUGCAGUACGUUGAUGAGGUCUGGUCUGGUCCUCCCUCUCUCCUUCCUGCUGAUCCCUAUGACCGCGCCACAGCUCGCUUUUGGGCCGCUUACAUUGAUGAAAAGUGCAGAGGCCCCAUUCUGGGUCCAGACACGUGGCAGCCCAAGAAUGGCCGAACUGGGCCUUGGCCCUCAGACCCCUGGGAGCGGCCCCGGGCCGUACCGGCUAGGGCUCCCAGGGGAGGCGAAGGCUUGGAGUCAGCUCUGCCAUCAGCGACCCGAGCUGAUCAGGUCAGCUCUCCUAGGGGAAGUUCCGUGCUUCUUCAGUUGGCGCCGUCUGUGGGAACGUAA